AUGCGGAUCGUCAUUCUGCUAGCUCUCUUUGCCUUGGGCUGCUUGGCAGCUGACCAUGAAAAAAGUCUCCAGUUCGAUGUUGUCUUCUUGAUUGAUGGAUCUCAGACUGCCAGACCGGUAUUUGACAAUGUAUGGUUUUGUUCUGAUUCAAUCAGUCUUAUCGAAGGUUUUCAGUUCACCAACUUUGUUGGUGAUCUCAUGGCUCCAUACAAUGUUAGCAUGAGUGGCGCUCGCAUCGGAAUCAUCGUCGUUGCUGCAGAUCUUGAUGACCAACCGCCACCAGCUGCUAAUUUGAACUAUAUUCCUGCUUAA